GUGUCGCCACAUGAAGAUGGUUGCCAUUUUGGCCAGCAUCACCAACGACAUUGCAAACACAGAUAUCUCUAUCGGGUUCAACUCGGCGCUGCACAGAAUCAUCGAAGCCAUCGACGCUAUCUCAUCGACAUGCAGCAGCUCACAGCAGGCCUUCGUAGUCCAG